AUGUUGGCUCCACUUGACGUUGAGAGAGGAAGAGAGGAAGGGAAAAUUUUUUGUUUGCAGUUGAUUGAUUUGAAGUUUGAUUGGGCAGAAUCACGCAAGAUGUCAACAGAUCAAACUGCCGCAAGGCAAGACAAUAACGUCAACUCAAAACAAGAGGAAGCGAAAGAUAUCGAAGGGAUUACUCUCAAUAUACCCAAAUAUGUUCGACAAAAGGAGACAGUUUUGGGAAAGAAGCAGUUAAAGUCGAUAAAAGAUAAAAAGGUCAAAGGAACGCUUCAGCGGAUAGAGUCAAAAUAUGCCGAUGCUGCCGAGAAAGCGGCAAGGACGGAGAUGCUGCUCACUGAGGAGCCUGGAUACUUGGAAGCAGAGGGAAUGGAAAAAACUUACAACUUUACGCAAGAUCAAUUGAUUAGCGCAGUGGAUGAGGAAGUCUCAAAAAAGAGAUUUGACAUUAGUCUUCCUACGUUUGGUCCAUAUGCUUUUGAUUACACGCGUAAUGGACGCCACAUGGCCAUAGCUGGUCGCAAGGGCCAUAUUGCAACAUAUAACUGGCCUUCAGAUAAAAAAAUGUGUGAAUUUCAAGUCAAGGAGAAUAUACGGGAUAUCAAAUGGCUACAUAAUGAAUUAUACUUUGCUGUUGCACAGAAAAAGUAUGUUUACAUAUACGAUCACAACGGGUUGGAAUUACAUUGUCUUAAGAAACAUAUUGAAGUGAACAAGAUAGAGUUUCUUCCUUACCAUUUUUUAUUGGUGACUGUGGGCAAUGCAGGAUGGCUCAAAUAUCAAGAUACAUCAACUGGAAAACUUGUAUGUGAACACCGUACUAAACUCGGCAAAUGUGACGCUAUGACACAAAACCCAUGGAAUGCCAUAAUACAUCUUGGACAUGUGAAUGGCACAGUGACAUUAUGGUCACCAAACAUGACAACUCCAUUGGUGAAGAUGCUUACACACAAAGGUCCAGUGAAAGCACUUGCUGUUGAUCAUAGCGGAAAAUAUAUGGCUACAUCAGGAUUAGACGGGCAGUUGAAAAUUUGGGAUAUAAGAACUUACAAAUCACUUCACGAAUAUUAUACACCGACGCCGGCUGCAUGUCUAUCAAUAUCUCAAUUGGGGUUGUUAGGAGUCGGAUGGGGGCCACAUGUAUGGGUCUGGAAAGAUGCCUUUACCACAAAGCAACAAUCCCCAUACAUGACUCACAUCGAACGGGGCACUCAAAUACAUGAUAUGCACUUUUGUCCGUACGAUGACAUUUUAGGCGUAGGAUACUCGUCAGGCAUUUCGAGUCUAGUCGUGCCCGGCGCAGGAGAGCCCAAUUUCGACAGUUUAGAGGCAAAUCCAUACCAAACUAAGAAGCAAAGGCAAGAAUCAGAAGUGCAUGCUCUUUUAGAGAAGAUACAACCAGAGGCUAUUACCCUUGACACAACGUUUGUUGGAAAGAUAGACCGAGCUUCCAAAGCUGUUAUCGAGAAAGAAAGAAAACAAGAACAAGAGGAAAACAAGAAAAACUCCAAACCAGCGAAAGAAAAGAAGAAAAUGCGCGGCAGGAAUACUGCUCUCAAACGCUAUCUUCGUAAAAAGCAAAAGAAUGUCAUUGACGACAAACGAUUGUCGAUUGAAAAAGAACUUGCGCGACAAAGGGAAUUGAGACAAAAGCGGUCGCUCGGUGAAAUUGAGAAACCUCCCACAGCACUUGACCGGUUUGAAAAAAAGC